AUGUUACUUCUGUGGUUGUUAUUAUUGAUUACCAUCUUGUAUAUAUCAAAAGUAUCCAGUCUCCCAGAUCUGUCCCAAUCAUGCGUCACCAACCAAAACAUACCCUUCACAGGCUACAAAGUCGAAUAUCAACUAAACAUCCGAGAUUUCACCGGUGAAUAUCAUUUAUUAUAUUGUAAUGACAACAAACUUCUCUACGAUCUAAACCUAAAUGAAUCAAUCCCCUGGACAGAACCAUUAAAUUUCAGCAAAACCGAUCGAGCCAAUACAUUAAUCCUAGCCAGAAGGAAAACAUUCGCACUAAGAACAUUUCCAAUCUAUUUACCAAAUACAUUAGUUGGAUCCGUAUAUUAUACUGAUGACAUAAAUGGAUUUGAUAUUCAUAGUCGAGAAAAUAUUACUUCUAGUUUGAAAUCAAUUCCAUUGUUGGCAUCGAAUGUUAUUAGGAAUUGGAUUGAGAUGACUUAUAAACUAGACCUAAUUUAUCAUGUCCCAAUCCUAACCACUCCAGGAAUAGACAGUAAACGAUAUAAGAUUGGAUUUUUUGAAUCGAAUAAAGAAUUGAAUAAUUGGGAUAAAUAUAUUUCCAUGAGUGAGGAUUAUAAUUAUAAUUAUGAUUCUAGAGUAUUGGUUAGACAAGCGGUAGAUAGGGCGUUGAAGCAGAUUAAUUUGGUGAUUGAUGGGAGUAGAUUGGUGAAGAGUAGGUUGAAGAAUAGUGAGGUGAAGGAUUGGAAUGGGAAGGUUUUUUGGAAGUUGAUUUUAUUGUCUAAGACUUUAAAAGAACUGGCAUUUCAGAAUUUACUUGAAAGGAUUGAAAAAUCAUUUCUGGUUUGA